CGAAAAGGAAAAAAUAAGUUCGCGACAACCUCUCUCACCCCUUCAACCUUUUAUUUCCGAUCCAUCUCGUCGAGAACACCGAACAGCCGUCACCAUGGGUCGUCUUCACAGCAACGGAAAGGGCAUUUCGUCCUCGUCGAUCCCCUACUCGCGCACCCCUCCCACAUGGCUCAAGACCACCCCCGAGCAGGUCGUCGACCAGAUCUGCAAGCUCGCCAAGAAGGGCGCGAGCCCCUCCCAGAUCGGUGUCGUCCUGCGUGACUCGCACGGCAUUGCGCAAGUGAAGGUCGUCACUGGUAACAAGAUUCUGCGAAUCCUCAAGGGCAAUGGCCUUGCACCGGAGAUCGCUGAGGACCUCUACAUGCUUAUCAAGAAGGCCGUCGCCGUCCGCAAGCACCUCGAGCGCAACCGCAAGGACAAGGACGCCAAGUUCCGUCUCAUUCUCGUCGAGUCGCGCAUCCACCGUCUUGCCCGCUACUACAAGAAGGUCGGCGUCCUCCCCCCCACCUGGAAGUACGAGUCGGCGACCGCCAGCACGAUCGUUGCCUAAAUGUCGAAGCGGCGCGCCGGCGAGGAGGGUCGUUUCGUGGUGAAUGUUACUCUUUGCGUGGCCCAAGGGUUAGGAUCUCUGCGCGGCCAUGGGAGUUUUGGGAGUGGAAAUGAAAAUUCUGCAUUCUAGAAGCACUGCGAUGCGCGGGGGGAGGUAGUUCCAGGGGAGGAAACCGGGACAUAAAAUGGUCUUAAAGAGUAUCAAUCGACCAGUGAUGAGAAUCCUUUGACUGCUAUCGUGAUAGUGGUAUCUCCACAGAUCAAUAUUCCGUGACAAGCACC